UGUUAAUUCAUGCGGAUGACAGAGAAUCAUGCACGAGGUCUGCUAUCAUUGGAUUCUUUAGAUCAGCAACAGGGAGUUAAAACUAACAUCAGUGAGAGCGAGCAUCUGCUUUGACGUUCAUUCUUUUGGUGGGGUCAGUCAUAUGACCCCAAGGUUAUCAAAGCAAGUUUCAAGAAGGUGGCACAUGUCCAAGUCCAAGCUUUGAGAGCCUUUUGGGGAUUGCACACACUUGGGACAUCCAACGAAUGGGGCUAUGGUGAAAAGUGUCAAUCAAUCAUGUCCAGUGACUGCCCCAGCCAGGGAAAAGUAGAUCCAAGAAACUGCAGAUGCUGAAGGCUGUUCAUGGUGGACUGUAGCCUGUUGGCCAUAACAUCACAGUAGCCGUCGAAGAUGUUGUCAUUGCUUUCACCAAUGAGCCAUUUAUUGUCCAUGAUUCUGAGGGGUUGGUGAACGAGAAAGGGGCUUCUAUGGAUAAGAAUUCCAUGCAAAUACUUCCAUAAAAUUGUGGGCUCACAAUGAUGCAAGAGGCGUAGGAUCGUCUCCAGUGGCCACCCUGGUUCUAAAAGCAGACAAUUCCAGUAUCACAGCCGUCCACUGGCAUGGGCCCCGCGAUCGACGGUGGUACGACGACCGCCACGCCUCCGUCUUUUUCUGCUUCCCUCGCGCGCGCUCUUAUUCCACUACUCUGGUGAAGGAGGUCAGACUCCGGACCAUGGUGGAGUCCUCGAGGCGGCACGGGAAGGGAAGCCGAAGCCCCACGUCCGGUGCAGGUGCCGCCGCAUCUUCUAAUGCUCCUCCUCCGGAGAGGGAGACGGGGAAGAUGCGGAUCGUGGACUUCCUCCACGAGCCUCAAGAAGGGGACGACGUAAUGGGCGGUGUCGGGUCUCCGCAAAGGGGAGACCUUUUCUGUAUCGAUUCUUCGGGUAGCCCCCUGCGGAAGUUCCUCCCUAGGUGGCGGCUCUUUCCCUUCGGGAAGCCGUCGCUCUGCAGCCGCGGUGGAGAGACGAGACCGGGAUCGGGCUAUACGGUGCCGUCACCUCAUAAGAAGAUGAAGGGGAGGGAAAGAGGAGCGGAGCAGGAGGAGGAUGCAAAAGAAAAGUCGAAGAUGGCUGAGGGGAUCGACGGAAGGGAUUGCGUCCGCUCGCUGGACCCUCCCGCAGGACCUAGGAAACCUGAAGAUGUAUCUUUUAACCUAGGAAUGGGAAUAGGUAUGGCUCUCGCACUGUCCAGGUGGUCCACCGAAUUCAACAAAAUGACAGAGCUCCGGGUUCAAAUGGAAAUGUUGCUCAAAGAAAUCAAAGAAGAAAUUCCAAAGAAAGACACUGGUUUUGGCAUCAUAAGAUCAAACCAUAAUUUUGUCUCUUCAUUAUCGGAUUGUAGCAGGGAUGUCAGUGAAUGCAACCCUAUCUCCUUCCAAAAUCACAGGGCUGAUUUUCAUAUGGAAGAGGCGAAGUCAACCGUGGAAUCUGAUAGGCAUUCAAAUAAUGAGCUUGACAAUGAGAACCAAAGCAUGGAUCAACUGGAAGCAGAGCUAGCAUUCGAACUAGGGCAGCUGCAACUGAGCUUAGGAGGGAAGGAUUCUAUGAAACUCUCAGAACAAGAGAGAAUAGAGUUAGCCCAUGAAGAGACAAGUACUUCUGAAAGCCAUGAACCUUCAGAUGAAAACCACAAUGUUCAUUGUGGUGUUCCUGCAAGCGAACUGGAGAGAAGGUUGUACGAACUUAUAUGCUCGAGACAAGAGGAACGGAUUGCAGAGUUAGAGUCUGCGCUGGAAUUCACCAGGAAAAGGCUCAUUGAAAAAGAAAUCAAAGUUUCUUGGUGGAAGGACACAGGGAUGCUUGCUUCACCUUCACUACAACACGAAGAAGAGAUGCUUUCUGUAAAUUUGUGUGAUAGUGAGAGAGAGAGAGAGAGAACAUGAAGUCUUCUCAUCGUUGGUUGAUUUGGAGUGGCACAGAAGAGCAAGGAGAUCUUGCAUGAAACGCUGGAUCCUGGAGUGCCGUUGCUGGUGUUCUGUGACAUGGUGAGAGACUGUGAUUCCGCGGAUUGAUCUUGAUAAUGCAUCCAAGAUGAAGAGGUCACUGUUGCAGCUUAGAUGGUUUAGAUUCCUCGAUGCCUGCCCGCAUGGUAAGAGCAAGUAAAAUGCAGAUCUCUCUUGAUCUAUCUGCCCCCAUCAUUAUUGACAUGUAUCACGUGAAAGUUUCUCGGGCCACCUUGACCUUGUAGAGUGAGUAGUGUCAAAAGGUGACGCCACGAUCUUUCUUCUUGUCCUUCUGAUGUUUGCUGUACUGCAGAGCUUUUAGUCAUUAAGCAGGUCAGGUUGGUGACGA